AUGGCUUCUCCUCAAGAUGAUAUCCUCAUCGAAGCGAUGAGAACAUACAUGGAAAUCUGCAUGUCCGGCCACGACCCCUCGCACAACCCAGCGCAUGUCCAUCGCGUAGUGUCUCUGGCGCUCCGCAUCUACGCCAGCGAAGUCGCACUUCACCAAGACACAGCGAGCACAAAAUACAACAAAACCAUCAUUACUCUCUCUGCACUCCUCCACGACAUAGGAGACCACAAAUACUUACCCAAAGACACCAACAAUUCAACGACAGAUCCCAAAAAACUCGUCUACAACGCACUAAUAUCCCACGGCGCAGAUGAGAAUCUCGCCUCUCGCGUGCAAACCAUAGUCAACAACGUUUCGUACACAAACGAGACACGCAAUCCUGAACAUGUUCAGUCCCUAAUCUCGACACCGGGGUAUCAUGAGUUAGCGAUAGUGCAAGAUGCGGAUCGGUUAGAUGCCAUUGGCGCAGUGGGGAUUGCGCGUACGUUUACGUAUCUCGGUUCUCAGGGAGAAAAAAGAAAAGAAAAACCAGACCAAAAGCUGUGGGAGCUGGAGGAGUCGAUUGAGCAUUUUGGGGAGAAGUUGGAGAAAUUGGAGGGGAUGAUGAAGACGGAAACCGGGAAAGAGAUUGCGAGGGAGCGGACGAGAAGGCUGAAAGUUUUCAAGGAGUGGUGGGUUGAUGAGACUGCCCCGUUUAAUUCUUAA